AUGCCUCCCCCAGCGUCCAAGUCCGUGCCACAGCAGUAUUUCGACAGGCGGCCCUCUAGAGCCUGGGAGCCAGGCGAGAGACCAGCAGCAGAGAGGAAAGCGGCAGAAAAAGCACAGUCUGAUAUCCGUGGCAUGGUUCCGGCGCCCGGCUCUGCCAUUGACGAUACGGACAUCACACCUACCAUAGAAGGUCUUGGCAGUAAAUGGUUAUCCUCAGCUUCGCUGAGACUGCCUGACUCCGCCAUUGACUCUUCAAAGUCUGAUAGCGGCAUUGAAUCUAAGCGGAUGUCCUUCUCCUCUCUCUACUCCCUUGGCUCGGCAAUAUACAACGGCGCGGUAGGAGCAGCCGCAAGUGCACCUAGCUCUGUCGCUGGCUCCGAGCUAGAUGCUAGGCCAGAGGUCCCCGUCAAGCCAGAAGUUCUUCCAACUGCCUCGUCUUCCCUCUCCGUUACCACGCGCACUCAAAAUGGAGGGCUAGGGCUUUCACCGCUAGAGAGCCUAGGGAUAGGUGCCCAAAGCAAUGGGCGUAUACAGCCAGCCCUGCCCUCACCCGGCGAAAUUCCUUUGGCUGCAUCACCGCAGCCUCUGGUAAACGGAAUGUCCGCCUCUCGGCAGCCCCCGGCAAGGUCUCGAAGUAGAACCAGAGCAACGAGGCGGAUAAGCACUGGUACUGGCUACAACAGCAGCGCAAGCCCGGCCAGUGAACGGUCAGCCGUCAGAGAAAGCAAAGAGGCCGAUAAGAAAUCCUCCAUGGGCAUUAUCGGCGUUUGCGCUCUGGACUCCAAAGCUCGCAGCAAACCGAGCCGGAACAUACUCAACCGACUCAUCUCGAAAGGAGAAUUUGAGGUCAUCAUCUUUGGUGACAAAGUUAUACUGGAUGAGGAUGUCGAGAAUUGGCCCAUUUGCGAUUAUCUCAUCUCCUUCUUCUCUGAGGGAUUCCCGCUGGACAAGGCUAUCGCGUACGCCUCGAUGCGAAAGCCGUUCUGUGUCAACGACAUACCUAUGCAGACGGUCCUCUGGGAUCGACGCAUCUGCCUGAUGAUCCUUGACGCGCUCAACGUGCCGACGCCGAAGCGUGUUCAGGUUGAUCGUGAUGGUGGUCCAACUUUGCCAUCACCCGAUCUAGCGAAAUCGCUCUUCGAAAGAGCAGGCGUAAAGCUUCAAGGUCCGGAGGAUGGCACUGGCGGUGGCGUACCACCUCCACAAACCAUCGAGAUGCUUGAGGAUGGCGAUGUCAUCUCUGUCGACGGAGUACAGCUCAGGAAACCUUUCGUUGAGAAACCUGUCAGCGGUGAGGACCACAACAUCAACGUCUACUUUCCGAAAUGUCAAGGCGGCGGUGGCAGAAGACUGUUCCGGAAAGUGAAUAAUAAGAGCUCGGAAAUGGACGCGACACUUACUGUGCCUCGGUCCAUCACGCAAGAAGGUAGCAGCUACAUCUACGAGCAGUUUCUCCUUGUAGAAAACGCCGAGGAUGUCAAGGCAUAUACCGUUGGGCCAGAAUACUGUCAUGCUGAGACUCGAAAGUCUCCCGUGGUGGACGGUCUUGUCAAGCGCAAUCCGAACGGAAAAGAAAUCAGAUAUGUCACCAGCCUGAAUGAAGAAGAGUCUGUGAUGGCCGCGAAGAUAACGCAGGGCUUUGGACAGAGAGUGUGCGGCUUUGACCUCCUACGUGCUGAAGGGAAAAGCUACGUCAUCGAUGUCAACGGCUGGAGCUUCGUCAAGGACAACAACGACUACUAUGACAAGUGCGCGAAGAUCCUGAGGGAGAUGUUCAUCAAAGAGAAACAGAGGCGCGAAGGCAAAACCACGACGCCUGAAGGCGGCGAGCAAACUUCUGAGAAGGACCGUCCAUCGUACAGCCGCAAAACGACGGUGACGCACCGUGCUGGCUUGAGAGGCAUCCUCAAAUCUCCCAGCAUGUCCAAGUUGAAUGGACAGCUCCCAUACAACCGGGCGAACGGCGCGGCAUCGCCCGACUUAUCCACUGGCAUGACGCCUCAAACCUCACCACCGAGCCUGGACAAGCCUCUCGCAAGCGAUCAGCCAUCUGCGCCACUCGCUCAGUAUGACGAAUUGCCACCUUCCGUGGCUUCAGACAGCAUCGAUGAACAUGCUGACAUGCCUGCUUCGACCCCGCCUGAGGAAUCCGCUCCUGUUCCUCCGCCUGCUUCCAAGGCCCAAUGGAAGCUCAAGGGUAUGGUGUCCGUCAUCCGACAUGCCGAUCGGACCCCAAAGCAGAAAUUUAAAUUCACCUUCCAUUCAAAACCUUUCGUGGAUCUUCUGAAGGGACAUCAGGAAGAAGUCCUGCUGAUAGGCGAGCCAGCCUUGAACAGUGUCCUCGACGCUGUGACGAGAGCUGCCGAAGAAGGUAGCGAGGAUCGCGACAAGCUCAACACUCUGCGUAAUGCGCUUCUCAAGAAGGGCGGCAUGUUGGGCACAAAGGUACAGAUCAAGCCAAUGUUCAGGAAGAGAAGGAAAGACGAGCUUCCACCGGAUGCAGCCUUCGAGUCAUCCCCUGAGCGGGAAAAGCACGAGGACAAGCACCUAUCCUUGGGUCUCAAGGACGGCAGGCUUGCCGACCCUUCCGAACGCGGGAAGGACGCGCCACAUGAACGAAGCAACUCCAUGGUCGGCGUAACGCUCUCUCGCAUCUCAGCGGCGGAGAACAACCUCGUUCUCGACAAGUUACAGCUGGUUCUGAAAUGGGGUGGAGAGCCCACGCACUCAGCACGUUAUCAAGCGCAAGACCUUGGCGAUAAUCUGCGGAACGACCUGCUCCUGAUGAACAGAGAAAUUCUGGACGAUGUGUCGGUGUUCAGUAGCUCGGAGCGUCGUGUCACCACGAGCGCGCAGAUCUUCUCUGCAUGCUUCCUGGAUCGGAAAGAGCUGCCGCCCGACUUCAUCACUGUGCGAAAGGAUCUACUGGACGACUCCAAUGCAGCCAAGGAUGAGAUGGACAAGGUCAAGAAGAAGCUCAAGGUCCUGCUACGCGAAGGCAACAAGGCACCAGCGCAAUUUGCGUGGCCGAAAGAGAACAUGCCGGAGCCCUUCAUUGUCGUCAAGAAAGUUGUCGAGUUGAUGAAAUUCCACCGGAAAGUCAUGCAUCAUAACCUCAACAAGCUUCGUUCUGGCGCCGCGUCGUCACUUGCAGCAGUGGCUAACUCCGCUGCUGCUGAGACCGCAAGCGGAAAAGGCAACACCACUGGAGCACUCUCUCAAGCGCAAGCAGUCUCCGCAAUUCAGCCACGCUGGUGCUGUGGCGAAGACCCGGAACUCUUCAAGGAGCGGUGGGAGAAGCUGUUCAAGGAGUUCUGCGAUGGCGAGAAGGUUGACCCGAGCAAGAUCUCCGAGCUUUACGAUACCAUGAAGUUCGAUGCCCUGCACAACCGGCAGUUUUUGGAGUGGGUCUUCACGCCGAGCGCAAGCAUAUUAGAUGAAGAGAGCCUCGCAGAUGCUGCCUCAGACGCUCCCUCAGUCGGGGAAACACCAAAAUCAAGCCAGCCACCCAGUCCUGCAGAGAUGAAGGCAGUGUCAAAGGAGGCAUCGGGAUUGGACAGAGGCAACAUCGCACAGCGCAUGGGUCUCCGCCGGCGGUCGGAGGUGGCUGCUCCGGUCAAGACGAACGCGUACCACGACUCUUACUUCACGCUCUUCACAGGCAUGGGUGCCGGAUGUCAGACCAGGUCCAAGACGGACGCGCGGUUAGAAAAGUUGCGGGAGUUGUACCAGCUCUGCAAGGUCCUCUUUGACUACAUUGGCCCCCAGGAGUACGGCAUUGCGGACAGCGAGAAGCUCGAGAUCGGCCUGUUGACUUCGCUGCCGUUAUUGAAGGAGAUUGUCCAGGACCUUGAAGAAGUACAGGCGUCGGAGGGGGCCAAGUCAUUCUUCUACUUCACCAAGGAGUCGCACAUUUAUACCCUGCUCAACUGCAUCCUUGAGGGUGGUAUCAAGACGAAGAUCGAGCGGAAUGCUAUCCCGGAGCUUGACUAUCUGAGUCAAAUCUGUUUCGAGCUGUACGAGAGCCAGAACGCGACGUCGGAAGAUGAACCGAGUUCCUUCAACUACAGCAUCAGGAUCACGAUCUCUCCCGGCUGCCACACAUUCGAUCCGCUUGAUGUGCAACUCGACUCAAAACACUGCAUCGGCUUCGCACCUCGGCGGAGCCUGACAGCCCAUCAUGACUGGAAGGAGGUGCUGGAUACUUUGCGGGCAAAAUUCAAUACUGUCAAGCUGCCGAAGUCUUUUGUCGCCAUUAACCUGUCCGAAAAGGUACCGCAAGCAUUCGGAGAUGCGCCGGCUGAUGACGAAGGGGAAGAUACAAGCGGAAAGGAUGCUCAGACCAUUGCGGAUUAG